AUGUCGGCCCCUACAGCUACCAACGAUACGGCGGCUGCUGUUGGUCAGCUCAACGUCAACGAGAAUGGCUCGUCCCAGAAGCGCAUUAUCCUAUACGCAUUUAUGAUGGGCUGUUCAGGCCACCAGUCUCCGGGGCUCUGGACGCACGCAGCCGACCGUUCUCGAUAUCACAACAAGCUAUCCUACUGGACCGACCAUGCCAAGCUGCUCGAAUCGGCGCACUUUGACGGACUCUUCCUCGCCGACGUCCUCGGAGGGUACGACGUGUAUGCCGGCAACCUCGAUGCGGCACUUUCGUCGGGUGCUCAAUUCCCCGUGAUCGAUCCACUUUUGCUCAUCUCUGCUAUGGCUGCAGCUACUACCAAUUUGUCCUUCGGUAUCACAGCCACUACUUCGUACGUUCACCCUUACGAACUCGCUCGAAGGUUUUCCACGCUCGAUCAUCUGACCAACGGUCGAGUGGGAUGGAACGUCGUUACCGGAUACCUGGAUUCGGCGGCGCGACAAUUCGGUGCCAAGAACCAAGAUUUGCACGCCAAGCGAUACGAAGUCGCCGACGAAUACAUGGACGUUGUCUACAAGUUGUGGGAAAGCUCAUGGGCGGAUGAUGCGGUGGUUCACGAUGCCGGGAAACCGAUCUAUACGCGUCCAGAACGCGUGCGAGAGAUCAAUCACAAGGGCAAGUACUUUGAGUCGGUUCCUGGGCCGCAUAUUUGCGAGCCGUCUGCUCAGCGUACGCCGGUGAUCUACCAGGCUGGAUCGUCGGGACCAGGUAUGGCAUUUGCGGCUAAGCAUGCCGAGGUGAUUUUCAUCGCAGCGCACAAGCCCGAAGUUGCCAAGAAGCGUGUGGAUGCAGCUAGGCAGGGCGCCGAAGCUGCCGGUCGCGAUCCUGCCUCGCUCAAGGUACUUGCACUUGUUUGUCCGAUCAUUGGUAAAACCGACGCCGAGGCUGAAGAGAAAUACCAGGACUAUUUGAAACACGGAUCGGAUGAAGGUGCACUGGCUCUUUUCGGCGGUUGGACCGGAAUUGACUUGUCCACUUAUUCCGAAGACGAGGAGCUCCGAGCCACGGAAAGUAACGCUAUCAAAUCCGCCGUCGAGAACUUCGCCACCCAAGACCCCACAGUCCCCAAAUGGAACAAGAAGGCGGUCGCCAACAAAAUCAAACUCGGCGGCCUAGGCCCCACCAUCGUCGGCGGCCCCGAAUCCAUCGCCGACCAGCUCCAGGCUUGGGUCGACAACGCCGGUGUCGACGGCUUCAACCUCGCCUACACGCUGGCCCCAGGAACAUUCCAAGACUUUGUAGAAUUGGUCGUGCCCAUCUUGGAAAAACGAGGCGUCGUCUGGAACAACUAUCCCCAAGUCCAACAGCCUGCGCAAGACCAAGUCGCCGAUGGCCCCAAGCAAGGCUUCGGUAUCAACGAAAAGAUCGGUAUCACUUCAAGGGAAAAGCUCUACGGUGUAGGUCAGAAGACACUCAGGAAAGAUCACUAUGCUUCCAAAUUCACUUGGAAAGCUGGUCUCGAUGCUCCCGCCCUCGAGUAA